UAAUUUUGAGAAAAGUAUUUUUUUUGAAAAAAAUCCCUCUACCCCCCCCCCCCUCAGGGAUAACCCAGCCAUUUCUUGACGGAUCCUUCUCAUCUUCGAACUCCAUUGAGAUAUUGAUGAGACAAUUCUGUGCACAAAAUUUCAGCUCAAUCGGAUGUAAUUGUGAAGAGUUAUUGUGUACACGGACGGACGGACGGACACACUGACCGAUUCUAGAGUGUACUCACUUUUUGAGUACACAAAAAAAAGACGAAAGAAUGUGUAUACACAUUCUAUGAUUAUAAAACUCGUUUUCAUCUCUACAUCAUACUAUUAAAUUUGUGAAUGCAUCGAUAUUCUUCUUAUCGUCAUAAUGAUAAUUUCAUAUAAUGUAUGAGUAUACAUUCAUAAAUAAAUAUUCCUAAUCGAUUAAAUUUAUAAAUAUGAUCAUCAGUAAAGUAUUUUUUCAAACGGAUACAUAACUUUUUGUCCCAUCACAUGAUGUGUAAAAUGAGAUAAAAUUAUAGGAUAAAGAAUGAUUCUAGCAAGAGUUGAUGAUUUUUUUGCGUAGUUCAAUCGCUUUCUUGACGAAGAUGCCUUCUUAUGCUGAAUAAUUAUCUCAGAAGUUUACAUGCCAAUGCUUUGGAGUCCAUAUCAUUAGAUGCAGCUUUUCGUACUGCAUCAAAUAAAUCUAUUUUCAAUCUCCUUACAUGGUAAUGCUGAUGAAAAAUAGCUGAAUUUCUUGAAAAAUUGACUUUUUUUUUUUUCUAUACAACAAAAUCAAAAGAAAAAAUCGGAUUUUUUUAAAUAGUUUUUUGAAAUUGUUAUCACAAACAAAUAGUCGAAAAAAAUUUCAAAUAUACACAGUUUCUUAGAACCGGACAACUCUAUCGAACCAUGUAAAAAUAUCCAAGAACAAAAUUGUAGUCGAUUUUUGCAUUACCCACACCUUAUAUAUCUUGAUUUGUUUGAUAUCGGUUCAAAUUCAACAGCUUCUUUUUGACAUUUUUAUGAUCGAUCGGGAGUAGGAUCACAUAUAUAGACACAGAAAUAGUCACCUUUAUCUUUAUAAAAUGUCUACGAGCCAAAUAAAUAAACAACAUAAUGAAAAAGUUUUUCUGCAUUUUUUUUUCAAAAGUUUUAAAUUUUUAGAUACAUCGAUCAUUAGAAUGACAAAAAAGAUUAUGUAACUAAAGUAUAUAUAGAUUUAUAUUACACAGUAUCAUAGUUAAUAGUGGAAAAAAAAGAACAUUUUCAGAUAUAUAUAUAUAUAUAUAUGAAUAAAGAGAAACAUGUUUCGUGUCAUUCGAUGUUGAAGAGAUAAAUUUAAUUGGAAUGUCAAUCAGAAGAUUCAUCUUGAUAAAUAUUUUCAUCAUAAAUUAUAUUAUCUGUAGUAUUCUUCUUCGAAUCAUCCAUUUGUUGUUCUAGAAUAAGGCAACAGUAAUUCAAAUUUUAUCAGUUUGAUGUAACUUAUUUGUUGCCGUUUGCUCAUUUCCAUCAGUCUUAUUCUAUCAAUAGUUUAUUUUACAUUCAUAUAAGAACAAUCAAAUACUAUAGACUUACUUUAUUAAAAUAAUACUCAUCUAGCAUCGGUUCAUGUCCUUUAUGGUAGUCAGUUGGAAUACCAAAUCCUUUUACAGCUGAAAAUAACGUAAGUGAGUGAGCGACUUUAGAAUUAAAUAUAUAAAAUUUUUUUUAACAGCAGCAAAGAUUUGUAACUACACAAUGUAUCAAGAAAGACUAUCAUUUUUGACAGAAUUUACUUUUGCAGAAAAACUGCAAAAGUAAAUUCUGUCAAAAAUGAUAGUCUUUCUUGAUACAUUGUGUAGUUACAAAUCUUUGCUGCUGUUAAAAAAAAAAAAAAAAUUUUAUAUAUAUAGUAUUGUUUUUAUCAUUCGAAACAAAACGAAACGUGUUAUCACAAAAGUCAUAUACCACCUCAAGAAUUUGAGAAACAUGCAUAUUAUCAAAAGUACUUAACAUGAGUUCAAGAAUUUUGAUAAUAAAUAUAAUGAAGAAGAAAAAUUUAUGAAAACAAAAAAGCACUUUUGAUAAUUAUACAAGUAUACUAAUGUGGAGUCAACAUUGUUGACUGACAUCAAUUGAAAAUAUUAGAGAAAGCUUGUCUAAGCUUAUAAUCUACUUUGAAGUAUUUUCAUAUUCUUGCCAAAUUAAUUAACUGUAUGAGAAAAUAGACGAAAACAGAAUGAUUUCACUAUUAAUCAUGAAUAGUAUGUUAUUUGUUGAGAUUUUUCAAACAUUCAUUCUUAGUCUUACAUUUAAUUAGUGCUAUUAUGGUUUCAUGAUAUUCCUUAUUUAAAAAAAAGUAAUUAAAUUCUAUUUCAUAUAAAAUAAAAAAUAAUGUUCUGUUUUUGUUGCUCUUAGUCUUUAAAUGGGAUUGCAUUAGUCUUUUGAAAAUAGUAUAUUUCUAAAUAUCCGUUAUUUAUUUUUAUUUUUGAGUCAAUCAACAAAUUUCAUCAAUAACCAGUCUUGAAAAAUGUUCAAUAUGUAAUCGUCGUUUUACUCAAAAUCGUUUAAAUGAACAUGAACAAGCUUGUAAACGAUCAAAAAAACACAAUUUAAAUUCUUCAUAUCGUUAUCAGUAUAAUAGUCAAAUGCAUCGAUGGAAAGGUCUUGAUUAUGGUACUAAUACAAGUCGAUCAUAUGUCAAACAAAAAAGCAUACAUACUCCAAAAACUCAUUGGAGAGAAAAACAUCAACAAUUUCAAGAUGCUAUCAAAGGAUAA